AUGACUAAUAUACAACGAUUUCUGGACGCUGAAGAAGAAUCACUCAGAAACUGGUCAACUAUUGAAGGUUUUGAAAAUCAACCAUUAAUUUCAUUCGAUGACGCUGUCGAAAGACUUCAACAAUGCGUAUUGAAUCUUGGUCAACGUAGAAACGAAACGAAGCAGAGUCUGUUCGAUUCGAUGGAUGGUCUUAACGCUGAUGAGGCGGCUGCUAUUUGUCUCUAUACUCUCGAACAAAAUGAUCCAGCUGCUAGUGUCUGUACUCAACUAAAUCGAGCACUUCGUACUACAAUACAAAAUGAAUUGAAGUCUUGGUUAUCUUAUUUAAAGCUCUUUAUUACUGCGCUCGGUAAACUGUCACCAUUUCAGGGUACAGUUUACCGAGGUGUUCAUGGUCAUGCUAGUGAUCAAUAUCAAGAUGAGUUGACAUGGUGGGGUUUUAAAAAAUCUAUGAACUACGAUGGUAACAAAAAUACUUCAUCAAGUACUCAAAAGGCAAAAGCAAGUAACAUUCCUGUCUUUCCUUCUCCUCAUGAUCGAACGCUUCCACAUGCUAUUCGACUUGGUACACCACAAGAUCCUUCGUCUGAUCUUGAUACUCUUAAUCAAGUAAUCGGCUCACUAGUCGGUCUAGCUGUAGGUGAUGCACUCGGUGCCAGUGUUGAAUGUCAGUCUCAUGCUAAUCUUAUAGAACAUCCUGUUACUAAUAUGCAAAGUGGUGGUACAUGGGGUUUGAAAGCUGGCCAAUGGACGGAUGAUACAUCCAUGGCGCUGUGUCUUGCUUCAUCAUUAAUUAGUAAACAAGGCUUUGAUCCAUAUGAUCAACUAGUUCGAUAUAAAUGGUGGUUUAAACAUGGUUUUCUUUCGUCGACCGGUCACUGCUUUGAUGUUGGCAGUGCUACUCGUCGAGCACUCGACGAAUUUUCUAAUCGUCAAAAAAUUCUCAAAAAACAUUUUAAAUGUCGAACUGACCAAGAAGUCGAUCAGUUAUCUUACGAUGCUGUCCGACAUGUGCCAGGCUUUAAUGUCAAUUGCAGUUCACCCAAUAUCGCAGGUAAUGGAGCUUUGAUGCGUCUAACUCCUGUACCUCUCUUUUAUUUUCGGUCACCUUCCGUCGCUAUUGAAUAUGCUGGACGUAGCGCUGUUAUCACUCACGGCGAUAGAAAAGCAGUCGAUGCCUGUCGAUACUAUGCAGCGUUGAUUGUUGCAGCUAUUCAUAAAGAAUCUAAAGAGCAGCUGUUAAGUAAUUCUUUUUACGAAGAACACAAAAACUGGUUUCAAGGUCAAGAUCUCCAUCCAGAUAUACGUCACAUCGCUCAAGGUUCAUAUAAACAAAUUCGAGGAUAUGAAGGAGGAAUUCGAGGCAAGGGCUAUAUAGUGAAAGCACUUGAAGCUGCUCUUUGGGCCUUUUGGUCUAAUAAUGACUCGUUCGAAACCGGUGUUCUUGCAGCUAUUCAGCUUGGAAGUGAUACAGAUACAACAGCAGCUAUCUAUGGUCAAUUGGCCGGUGCCUUCUAUGGUUAUGAUAAAAUUCCUCAAAAAUGGCGACGACAACUCUAUGCUCACGAUUUACUUGUCUCAAUCAGUCACUGGUUACAUUUUCUUGGAUCUGAAGCAUCUACGAAUGAACAACAAUCACAACAUAUAACUGGAGAAAAACGGAAAUGA